CAUGAAUAUGCACUCCCUAAUGUAAUUCCAUAAAAUCAUAUUGUCGGCCAAUCAUAUUCGAUCUUGUUACUUCAUAUCAAAUGGCCUUUCGAGCUUUACUUUUUUAUUCUAAAACAAACAUGGAGUCUAAAAUGUCAUUAUCACCCGAUGACGACAGACUGUUAUUAACUAAACCAAGAUCAUCAAACAAAGAGAAUGAAUUAGAAGCAGCGAUCAAGGAUUCGACUUCUGAUCUACCUUUAGGAAAGUCUUUGUACCUACUUGUGCAUGUACAUGGCCACGUUUUCGAUAAGGCCAUGACGACCAUUCGACAAGCUACUCCCGCUGAAUUGACUGUACACAGCAUCGAAUCUCCUACCGUUCGAGCCAUUCUUUCCAUUGAAAACUAUUUGACAUCUGGCAAGGACACUAGUCAAUCCUUUAAGCAUGUAUACGAUUCCUUGAAAGAAAAGUUUAUCAAACGUAGUAAAAAUAACGCAGUCAACGAACAAGCGAUGCGCAUCAUUGGAUACCUUGUUCUGUACUCCAAACAUCAAGAAGCUGGUCAACAAUAUAUUUGCAAUGAGUUAUCUAGCUCUGAUAAACGUUGUCAAUUGGCUGCUGUGAUUUUGAUUCAAUUCCUGCUUUCACAUUACAUGUCAUCCGAGGAUAGUUAUAACGAUUUAGUGUCACUAUUCAUUCCACUACUUGUUGAUAUAUCCGAAAAAUACGGUGAUACCACUACAUUACUAGCUUGUUCAUCUUGCGAUUUAGCACUUCAAUUGUCGCGCUACAUUGCCCUUCACCUCAAUUCUAUUGCAGAACCAACCUCAAAAAUCAUAGAGAUACAUGAAACGAGCAAUGACACUAUAUCAAUCCACCAAAUUCAAAAAGCCUGGGAACAUGCCGAUAUUAUGUUAUACCGAUUAGAAAAGUGGAGCAAAUCGACAGGAAAGCUUGAAACUGCAUCGUUUAAAGAACUUCAUUCAUUUCUACGCUACGCCAAUGAAAAUAUAAAGCAAAAAGAUAAACAAGCGGAAAUCAUCACAGCCUGGGAUUUAAUCAGCACUUGGUUAACUCCAAAAACAAUUGUAUCAGAGAAACCAUUGACCGUGAAAAAACAGAAAUCUGUCCUAUCGUUUGAAUCUGCCCAACCUAUGCCGUUACUCUCCAGCAUCAAAAUCUUAAUUUUAGUGAUACUUCAAAGGGGCCGUCUUGUCGAAUUAUAUGGACCAGAUCGAUCCUCCAUUGUAUUUACAACAGAGGAAGAAGAGACCAAAGAUCUGAUCCAGAAAGAAUAUAAAACAAUGCUUCAAUGGUAUCCUUUAGGAAAUAUAGGAAAUCAUAUCAUAGUCCAACUUGUCACUCAAUUACCAUUUUUAUGUACGACAGACGACAUUCAAUCUACAGACCUGAUUCAGCAAAUCUUAAACAACGUCGAAUACAAAAAAGAGACAUCGGCAUGGUUAAUACCCUUAUUAAUGAAAAAACCAGAAUCAUCCAUCUGUAAUUUAUUAUGGAAUAUCCUUGAACAGAACGAUAAAUCCACCUCGUCUUUUGAGCUUUUGAAAAGUAUCAUUUCCCAAGGUUCUCCUGACAUCAUUGACCUAGUGGAAACUAAUCUCUUAUCAGUGAUUAAAAACAGCGAUAAAGCUUGUGAAUUACUCAUACAAUGCAUGGAUUAUCUUCAUUUACCAUCCUUGAUUCAAAAAUUAAUGCCUAGAAUUGUGACCGAAGAUCAACGAGAAAAAAUGGUGUAUAUAGCUCUGAUUUCUAAAGCUCUUCUUCAUCCUUCAUGGAAUAGUAAUAGUAUUUUGUUUCAUAUCGACUUAGUGAGAGAGUUUCAAUUAUUAAAACACUUUACAAAACCCAAUAAGCCAGAUUUCUUGAAUCUAACACCUCAUAAUAUUACAACACGCAAGCAUAAUCUGGUUGAAUCGGAUAUCGUAUACUCUGAUGAAGAAAUCAAAAACAUCUCGACUUACUUAAUAGCACCAAUUCAGCUUUGGUCUACCAAGGUGGAUGAAAACCUGCUCAAAAGUGCAUUAAUUCAACUUGUCCGUAAAUCUUAUGGACUGCCUGGUGACCAUGUUUGCAUUGAUGCCUGGAGGAAUCUGUCCCAUGCCUUCUCAAACAAUCAUGAUUUGAUUUGGGGCGUGAUGCAAGAAUGCAUCGCUAUCAUGCAAUCGCAUACAAUAUCUCACACAUUAGCUGAUGAUAUAAUGAAGGUCACUCCAAUGCUUAUUCUACAAACAAUACCCGAGCAAUCAUUUGAUAUGGUUAGUCUGCCAAAAAGCUAUGUGAAUCUCUUAUCCAAGAAAUUUGAAAUGUUGGGCAUUGAUUCACAGACUAUUAAACUCUCCAGUAACAACAGUAAUACGGGGAUCAGUAUUCAAUUAAUGGAUGAACUACUUAUCAGAUGCUUUCAUGAAGACUGGAAACCACUUGCACAAUUUGCAACAACUUUAAUUUCAAAAAUAUUUUGCAAUUAAGCAAAGAUAAAACAACACAUUUGCACACUGCCCUGAAUUCCCUAAAACUCAAAUAUUAUGGAACAUGUGGUGGUUCAGUUUUUUAAUGAAUACAAAUGCUUUUAUUCUUAUAACUCUGGCUCUAAAUCUAUUAUUACGUACCUAGAAAGGUCUACAGCAUGCAUUUUACUAUGGAUUUAACGAUAUUAUUUGAUAUUUUCACUGCCCAAGAUUUCGAAAAAGAAAACUUGCUGCCCCCCUAUGAUCUCUGUUAAUCUUGCGCUUUUUUAAACAUUUGUCUCCCAUGUAAUCUGUAUCAUCUUUAGAGCAUUCUUCUUUCAAGCGAUUCUUUUUGUGGAUUAAUUUCUUCAAACACUGCAAAAGUAGUAUUGUGAGUACAUCGCCAAUCAUGUCAAAAUCAAAAUCAGAGUCGUCGAAUAAGCCGAACAUUCUUUAAUUUAUCAGUAUGAUAAGAUGAUAACUAACAAAAAAAGAUGCUGCUACACCAC